AUGGACGCAACAGAGGACUUGGCAAAAAGAUGGGAGAAACUGCAACUAUCAACGGAAGAGAGCUCAUGUUUUCAUGUGAAGCAGGAAGUCCAUCAAGGUUUCGAAGGUUUAGGAAAACAAUGCAUUAUGGCUAAGGCAAUGGUUGACAAGAACGUUAACAGUGAAGCAUUUCGAGUCACCAUGUCACAAAUAUGGAGGUUGGAAGGUUGGGUCAGAUUCAAAGAGCUAGGAGACCAGAGUUUCUUGAUAGAGUUCCAAAAAAUGAUGGACAAAGAGAAGGUCCUGGGGGGUCGUACCUGGUUCUUCGACAGGUGCCUGCUAGCCAUACAAGAAGUUGAUGAAACUCAGUCCAUUAAUGCACUGCAAUUCCGUUAUGAACCCUUUUGGGUUCAGCUCCAUAACCUUCCUCUAGUUACUGUGACAGAGACGUUUGGUGAGGAGUUUGCAGCAUCAAUAGGGCCUGUGAUAAGAGUUGAAGCGGGAUCAGAUGGUCGAGCAUGGGGUAGAUGCCUGCGAGUAAGGGUUGCGGUGGACUUACACAAACCAUUGAUGCGAGGCAAAUGGCUCGGGGUUGAUGGAAAACAACACUGGAUCUCCUUCAAAUAUGAACGUCUACAGAACUUCUGCUUCCAAUGUGACACUUUGUCGCACAAAGGAAGAACCUGUGUGAGGUCACGUGUUGACCAACAAAGUGAUGAUCUAAACCUCCUGCAGUUCGGGCUUGGCUACGAGCUCAACCCAUGA